GAAAAGGGUCUAAAACUGUUUCGAUGGUCGAAAGAAAGAGAUUAUCGAUUUCCUAUACGCCCUCCAAAGCUUAGGAAAAACAAUUCAACCGAAAAAGUGAUACAAAAGAGUCGUAUUGGAUAUGCAUCUGCUCUACAAACCAGACAAAUACAGACCACUUCUAACACCACUUCGACACCAAUACGUAAACUGAGAAAAGUUAAGCGCAAGAGAGUGUCCACUAAUAACCAGACAAAUAUCGAUAUUUUUGAGUUGCAGUCUUCAGACCACUCGCCGUCGUUUGCAUUCUUUGCCCCGAAGAGGAUCGCAUCCAAGAGCCGAAUCAGUGGCCAAAUACUGUUGGGAACCGUUAUUAGCAAACCCGUGAACGCGACCCGAAAAAGGAUUCCCAAACUAUUGCUGCCGAAGAGUCUGCGGCCGGCGAUGUAUAGUUUGGACGGCUUUGUGCCGCGACCUUCAAUCAAUCGGAUCACAUCCACCGAAGCGCCCACUACUGAAAGGCAGAUGAAAUACACACAAAAUAGGAUCAAAAAGAUAAACCAAGUCAAUAAAAUCAGACGAUUUGGUAUUAAUCGUAACGCAAUUGAAGAGCGAAAUCCCGAUAAGAGGGAUGAUAUCGAAGUGAGUGAUAGUCGACGGCGUAAUGUUGUGACCAAACGAAAGAGCCAUCAAUUGCUGACGGCAUCCAAUUCCAUACCGAAGCCGACCGUCAAUAAGCUGUCAAAGGAUAGCCGCAAAGGACUCGCCGGCAAAGACUACCCGACACUGGCGUCGGUGCCGAAGACCGGCUUCGAGUGCAAAGACAUGAUGAAUGGCGUGUUCGCUGACGUCGAGACCGGGUGUCAGGUUUGGCACAUCUGUCAGAAUCGAUACAAACAUUCAUUCUUGUGUCCAAAUGGCACCAUAUUUAACGAGAAGAAUGGUAUCUGUGAUUGGUGGUAUAACUACGAUUGUCCCAAACUAAUCAAACUGACCGAUAAGGACGACUCAGACAUGGAUUCAAUCAAAGAGAAACUCAAUCAAAAGAGAGCCAAAGCGAAACGAUCGCAUCGUUUUGCAUAAUUAUCAUUCAUAUCUAUUAUAUUUUUCUCGUUUCCA